GGAGGCGGUGUUUGGUUAGGAGUAGAGCGUCUGUUACUCAUUAGUUUAAUAUUGCGUAUUCUUUGCUCUUUUGACUGUAGCCUGCAAAAGCUUAAAUAAAACACUCCUGUUGUAUCUAUUGCUUUUAUCAUAGACAUAUAGCAUCACUAAUUCAGUGUUCAAGUUUUGUAGUUUUAAACUUUGUGACAGUUCGUGGGUGGAGUAUUUGGAGCAGCUCUAGGGUGUGGCGCGUAUCCACAGUCUGCAAACAAACUGCACAUCAGCCAGGAGCAAGAGUGGUUCUCUCCCUCCGCCUCUCACUGCGAAAAGCCGCACGGUACACGGCUCUUCUGGGAACCUGGUCCUCGUUCCACUUGGAUACGCACAUUCUUUAAAGUGAGCAGCAGCAGCAGCGCCCCCUCACAGCGCAACAUGCCGCAGUACUCAGACCUGGAGAACGCCAUCCACACGCUGGUGUCCAAGUUCCACUCUGCCUCUGCCGACAAGAGCCCCACCCUAAAAACGGAUGAGUUUAAGGGCCUCCUGUCUACUCAGCUACCCAACCUGGUUAAGGGCAUUGGCUCAGAGCAAGGUCUGUCAGAGAUCUUGAGGAAGAUGGGCGUGGGCUCUGGAGAAGGCAUCUCCUUCAGUCACUUCUGGAGCCUUAUCCAGCAACUGGCCACAUCUCAGCACAACAUCCUGAGUCAGGGUGCGGGUUCAACUUGCAGCUGUGCCCUGCUGUGAGCCUUGGGGCCCUGACCCCACACCGUCUUCAACAACCGGUCCCAUUUACUCUACCACCUCUGCAUUCCCAAACACUAACACAGAAACACACACACAGGCCCCGACAACUGGCCUGAACACCCCCCCCCACACACACACUUAUAUACACAUGCACACACAACUGUCCCGACAACACAGCACACCCCCUUUAGCCCUUCACUCUCUCCAGCAUGUGCUCCUACCCCGUCUUAGCCACUCACUGCCACAAACUGCUUCACAUAGUCACAACCAGCAGUGCUACAUUUAAGAACUAAUUGCGAGCUUAGUAAAUAUACUUUUUGAAAUAUUUUAUUAUUACCAGCAGACAAUCAUUCCAAAGCAUUUUAAUGAAAAAACAUGGUCUUUCUAGCAUUAUACUUAAGGUUGAGUUUAAUAAAAGUGUUAUUCUAAAUAAAUUGUGAGUAUUCAGUUAA